UGUUCAACACAAGAGGGAUAAUCUCAGAAGCUGACCAAGCAGCAAACCAACUGUGGGUGCUGCUCUGAAGUCAGUCACUCUGCUGUUACCACAGAGGACACAGGCUACUACUGAGCUGAGAUCCAGGUCGAUGGACAAAUCAACACGAAUGCUGCAGAGCUAAAUCAGCUACUGGACAGAAAAGCUUCUAUCAAAUCUAAAAUCCAGGGAGGAACUGGAUUUAAUUCCCAUUUGAGAGGAGAAACGAAGAAACUAACCCAGGCUGUGAAAAAGAAUAAAGGAAAACAAAAAGGACUAAAUAGGAAGACGCAAGACAUCAAUGAGCAUGCAGCAGUAUGGGGGAAGAGGGUGGAAAAACCUAGAUGAAGAGAAUCUAUUGCGUGUGUUCCAGUGCAUCAGGUGUGUGUAUGGGUGUUACUGCGGGUAACCAGGCAGGGAAAAAGCUUGUCGUCUCAUGGGAAUGUGGGGGAGCGACCUAAUCAGCAAUGAAUACAACAACAGAAAAGGAAUAUGCAUAUGCAAAGCCCUCUGUCGCACCGUGCCACCAUGUCAACAGAGUGCACAUCUUCCUACUCGCUGUACAAAACAAUUGUGUCAGUCAAGUUCAGCUCAGACAAAUAGACGGAAACUGCGGCUACUGAUACAACUACUACUACUACGGCUGAUAAUGAAGACUCGUGUUCGCCACAACACUCUUGGAUGGAUUGUAGUAACAAGCUCGGAGUGACCUUUUUUCAAACAAUGAUCAGAGGAGGCACUGAUGACUAAUGUUUUACUUCUUCACCUUAAGGACUACAAUCAACUUCCUCAAAGGAGUUUUAUCUGUGGUGGCGUUUGGAUACGGUGAAGCAGGUUUAUUAUGCACAAGCUAGAAGGGACAAAAUGCAGCUUCCUGUUGUGCCUGGGGAUGAGUAUUAUCAUCUGUUCAGUUAUUUACAUGAGGACCAGGAUGCCAACAGAGCCUAAGGUGUUAAAGUCUCCAAGUUGCAGGUCCUUCUCCACUGAAUGCAAGGCUUCGCUGCCCGGCAUGGAGGAAGGAGUGGAGUCGUACCGGCGUGACUGCCAGCUGGAAAGCUACAUUAUGAAUAGUCGCAUGCAAUGUUCCAAUUUGACCAGAGACCUACACUUCAUCACAAGACCUCUAAGUCGCGAGGAGGAGGACUACCCUUUAGCUUUCAUUAUGACCGUUCACAAGGAGCUAGAGCUAUUUGUGCGCUUAUUACGCGCCAUUUACAUGCCACAAAAUGUGUACUGCAUUCAUGUUGAUAAUAAGGCUUCAGUGGAGUACCAGGCGGCUGUACUGAAGCUUGUCAGCUGCUUCAAAAAUACCUUCCUCUCCAGCCAAAGAGAGACAGUGACAUACGCUGGCUUUUCCCGCCUGCAAGCAGAUAUAAACUGCAUGAAGGAUUUAUCAAAGUCCAAUAUAGGCUGGAGGAAGGUGGUGAAUCUGUGUGGACAGGAUUUCCCUGUCAAAAGCAACCUGGAACUGGUGCGGUACAUGCAGAGCAAAGAGUGGAGGGACAGGAACAUGACGCCUGGGGUCAAGCAGCCCCAGUCUAUGAAGCACAGGACACAGCUCCAGCACAGGGAGAUAGUAGGCUCACAUGUAACUAUGACAAGAUUGAGACUGAAGAAAGGUGCUCCUCCACACAAUCUGCAAGUGUAUUUUGGAACCGCCUAUUAUGCUCUCACACGGGCUUUUGUAGACUUUGUUCUGAAAAGCCCAAUAGCCCAGGACCUUUUGGAGUGGUCCAAAGACACGUUCAGUCCAGACGAGCACUACUGGGUGACACUCAACCACAUCAAAGACGUUCCAGGCAACCACAUAGACGGAGGUUGGGAGGGAGACAUCCGGGCAAUCAAGUGGAGAGAUCAAGAGGGAAGAGUACACAAUGGCUGCAAAGGGCAUUAUGUACGAGACAUCUGCAUCUAUGGAGUGGAAGACCUGCCGUGGAUCGUCAAAAGGAACAGCAUGUUUGCCAAUAAGUUUGAGAGUAACACGUUUCCUGAGGCCCUGGACUGCCUGGAGCAGUGGCACAGGAACAAGGUGUUGAACCAGACUAUUGUUCCCAAUGAGGCAUCCUGGCUGCUGGCCACACAGAGCAACUCAAGCAGCAGCUACUUCAACAGCAUUGCUGGAGCAUGAAACCACUCUUGGUGUUCUCACCUGACAAAAGUGUAUCUACAUUAAGUUCAAAUGAAUUGCACUUCCUUAGUGGCUGUGAAUGUGGGCAGUAAAAACGGAACUGACAAACUUCCACUGCAGUGCGGCUACUGUUCACAAGCAGAUGGGUUAUUAUACACAGGGGAAGCAAUGUAGUUCAAACAAAAAUCAAAUGUAUUUAUUAUUAUUUAACUAUUAAACUAUUUAACAGAUUCUAUCCGAGACAACUGUACUAUGAUUGAAUAACCUGAAUGUGAAUUACAUAUUGUUUAACGUCA